AUGGCCGACCCCGCGACAGAAGUAAAGAAGCCGGCCCGCCCGCCCUCGGCUACGCACCACGUCAUCGUCAAGCUCGAGACGAUCCACGUGCCGCCUCCGGAGGUCAAUGAUGGUGACCUGGGGCCGGGAGUGACGCAUGAGGUUAUUGGGUACGAGUAUACCCGACCCUCGGAGAGCGCCGUCGCGGCGGCGAGGGCGUGGCCUGCGAGCGUGCUGAUUACGACGACUGUGCCUAUUAAUAAGGAGACGCUUGGGGAGGCGCCGUAUUUAAAGUGUAUCAUCACAGAGACGGUGGGAACAGAUCACAUCGAUCUAGAGGAGUGCAGGCGUCGCGGCGUGACCGUGAUAUACUCACCCAACGCGACAGUCGAAGCCGUCUCCGAGCACGCCCUCGGCUUGUACUUCUCAUCCCGCCGACGCUUCGUGACGCUCCACAACACGAUGAUGGACCACGCUGAGGGCCGCCCGAACCCCUGGCGCGCAAAGGGGAGCAUGUCCUCCCUCCUCCUCGACAGUGAGGGCCGCCCGCCGCAUACGUGCGGCAACGAGGUGGUGGGGAUGAUCGGCUACGGGCCCAUAGGGCAGCGCGUCGCCAAGAUGUGUCGCUCGCUGGGCAUGAAGGUCCUCGUCGCUGCGAGGAAGAACGAUGCCGCGCAUGCUGUGAACGGUAACGGGGUAACUCCCGCUGCCGCCGCUCAGCCGAAUGGCAACGGAGACGUCCACCGCACGCCCUUCGCAGAGGUCAUCUGUCGCGCAACGACACUCUUCCUCAUCGUGCCCCUCACGGCGGAGACCAAAAACCUCGUCGGCGAGGCUGAGAUGGCGACGAUGAGGCCUGACGCCGUGAUUAUCAACGUCGGGCGGGGCGGGACCGUGAAUGAGGCUGCGCUGGUGGCAGCGUUGCGGGAGGGUAGGAUCUCGGGGGCGGCGACGGAUGUUUAUGAGGUUGAGCCGGCGGGGAGUGGGCAGGAUAGUGUGUUACUGGGGGAGGAGGCAAAGGGCUUAAACUUGACGCUGACGCCGCAUUUGGCGUGGUGCGCUGAUCAGACGAGGGUGAAUAUCCGGAGGGUUGUCGGAGAGAAUGUGAGGUUGUUUUACGGGGGCGGGAAGGGUAGUAAUGUUGUGCUUGAUAUGCGGUGA